GACCUGAAGACCGUGAAGGUUAUCGGGGCCGGCGCCGCUGGGGUAGUCCGCCUGGUGAUGAACAAGAAGACAGGCAUGAGGCAGCUUGCCUGCAACUUCCAGCUGCUUGCGGAUUUGGCGGGAGGGUAUGCGCUGAAGCGCGUGAAGAAGAAUGGCGGGAAAAUCCCCGUGGAAGUUAAGCAAAGCACCCUGGCCCGGGCAGGUGAGUGCGAGCUUCUCAAGGAGACUCGUGCAAACGUUCGAGACGAGCAAGAGCGCAGCUCCAUUGCAAGAGGUUGGUGUUGGAUGCUUCAGAAAGUGAAGGGAGUGACAAAGGUCUACAUCCUAACCGAGCUCAUCACUGGCGGCGAGCUCCAUGGCGCGAUCCGCGAGAUUCCCACUGUGCUCUCAAGGGCCCAAGCGCAGUUCUACACCGGCUGCCUGGUCAUCGUGCUCGAGGAGCUCUGUGAGAAGAACAUCGUGUAUAGAGAUUUGAAGCCCGAGAACGUGAUGCUUGAUGCUCAAGGAUACCUCAAACUUAUCGACUUCGGCAUUGCCAAGAAGCUUGAGGAGGGAAAGACUCGAACCUUCACCAUGAUCGGGACUCCGCACUAUAUGGCCCCGGAGAUCAUGCGAGGACACGGCUACGGCACAGAGGUAGAUUUGUGGUCCCUCGGCGUCAUCCUUUUUGAGUUCGUCUGCGGCUACUUGCCCUUCGCUGAUGAGCUCGACGAUCCCACGGAGGUGUGCACGGCUGUGCUCAAGGACCCGUUGGAUUUCCCUGGUCGGUUCAAGGACGCGCAGUGCAAGACGGUGAUACAAGGCAUGCUCAACCGGCAGCCGAAGAAGCGGCUGGGAGCAGGUCUCAAUGGUUGGGAAGACAUCAGGACGCCAGGGGGCGCGGUGAAAGGAGGGUGCAGUCACCUUGAAGUCGACAGUGUCGGCCGUGCAGACAGUUUUCAGAGAGUUCCGCUGGGGAUGAAUUUGUUGCGGGGAGUUAGGCGGACAUUCCAUUCCGAUGUUGCGAAAGCGUGA